UGCCGCUGCUGGGGGCGCCGCGGCGUGGGCGCGGGGCCGGGCGCGCCGGCCGAGCUGCGGGUCCGCGUGCGGCUGCCCGACGGCCAGGUCACCGAGGAGAGCCUGCAGGCGGACAGCGACGCCGACAGCAUCAGCCUUGAGCUGCGCAAGCCCGACGGCACCCUCGUCUCCUUCACUGCCGACUUCAAGAAGGAUGUGAAGAUCUUUCGAGCCCUGAUCCUGGGGGAACUGGAGAAGGGGCAGAGUCAGUUCCAGGCGCUCUGCUUUGUCACCAGGCUGCACCACAAUGAGAUCAUCCCCAGUGAGGCCAUGGCCAAGCUUCGACAGAAGAACCCGCGGGCGGUGCGGCAAGCUGAGGAGGUGCGGGGCCUGGAGCACCUGCACAUGGACAUCGCCGUCAACUUCAGCCAGGGGGGCCUGCUGAGCCCCCACAUCCACAACGUGUGUGCUGAGGCCGCGGAUAGCAUCUACGCCCGCCAGGAGGACGUCCGGUUCUGGCUGGAGCAAGGGGUGGACAGCUCCGUGUUUGAGGCUCUGCCCAAGGCCUCAGAGCAGCAGCUGCUGCCGCGCUGUGGGCAGCUGGGGGACGGCAGGAGGCCCUGCGUCUGCCGCUAUGGCCUGAGUCUGGCCUGGUACCCCUGCCUGCUCAAAUACUGCCACAGCCGCGACCGGCCGGCGCCCUACAAGUGCGGCAUCCGCAGCUGCCAGAAGAGCUACAGUUUCGACUUCUAUGUACCCCAGAGGCAGCUGUGUCUCUGGGAUGAGGAGCCCUAGCGGGGCAGGCGUACAGGCGGUGGUCCCUGCGGGAGCUGCUCUGGGUCCGCCGCUCUUCGCCCAGCCACCGAAGGAGGGGGUGGCAACCCCCCCCAACUGAGGCCUUAUUUCCCUUCUCCCUUGAUCCCAGGAGCCUCUGGCCCCAUCAUGCAAGACUGUGAAAAGGGGUGUGGCAUGGCAGGGGUUAACUCUUGAAGGCAGCCCCUGUUCCCACCCUGUGCCUCCCUUAGGGACCAAGAGAAGGGGGCUCUCCAGAUUUGCCCCCCUCCCCUUAACCUCCCCUUAAGUGUUCUCUUUCAAGCAACCAAAAUGUGAUGGCCCGUGAUUCUAUUUAACUCUUUGAAGGUUUAGACCCUAGAAGGUGUCUGUCAAUGCCUGUGACACCAACCUCCCCCCACAUACAUCCCCCCAACCCCCUGACUCGCCCAUCUGGAAGGAGCUGGGCCCUCUGCACCAUUGAAUGCCCAACAAGGAGGGGAUCCCUGCCCCAGAGAGGGGGCUGUCGGGGACCCUUGCCAUAGCCCCUACACCAGAUCACAGCACGUUCUUGUCAUUGCUGGCCUCCAACGCUGGGGCAGGUGAGGACCUCCCAGCCCUGAGACAUGUGCCUCCCCCCCCCCAGACUCUGUUGGGACAGCAGGUACCAGCCUUCCCCCUGUAAAUGGAAAUAUUUUUGUAGGUUCUGGGGCAGGGAGGGAGCACGAAGUAUGAGGAAAACUUGAAUUCCAGAUUUUUAAUGCAAAGUAUUUAUCAUUUGUACCAGAAAUAAAAGUUUAAAUUUU